CUCUCGAUCUGUCUCUCCCGGCCCGGAAUCCAUUCCGGCCUGGGAGCCGGAGCGGCCAGGCCGCCGUCUGCCCGACCCCUGGCUGUCCGGCUGUCUGCCCCCGCCACCCCGUGCGUCUGUCUGCCGGUGCGCCCGCCUACCGACCGGCCCAGAACAUAAGCUCAGAGAAGCGAGGGGACUUUGCCAGCUAUGAGAGAGAGCGCACCAGGAUUCGAGACCAGCUCACUGGAUUGGCAAGGAUCUCAGAGCAAGGUUAACUAGUGGGCAUGCUCGUCUUUCUUGGACUUUUUCCCUGUGAAGUGGCUAUUCUAGGCCUGGGCUCCUAAUGAACCCCAACAGAUAGUCCCUCCACGGCUGUGCACUGAGCUUGAUGAAGACGUUGAGGCCCAAAGAGGGGAAGUGAGUUGCUUAGGGUCACAUAACGGGGAGAAGUGGAGCAGGGCCUCUAGUCCAAGACCCCUGACUCCACACCUGGUGUUCUUGCUGAGCCCUCAGGCUGCUUCCCAGAUCCUCUGGGACAGCCGCUGCCUUCCACCAGCCAGGACCAUGGGCAGCAACAAGAGCAAGCCCAAGGAUGCCAGCCAACGGCGCCGCAGCCUGGAGCCCGCUGAGAACACCCACGGUGGCGGCGGGGGCGCCUUCCCCACCUCACAGACACCCAGCAAGCCAGCCUCCGCUGAUGGACACCGAGGCCCCAGUACAGCCUUCCCCUCCGCAGCUGCUGAGCCCAAGCUGUUUGGGGGCUUCAACUCCUCAGACACAGUCACCUCCCCGCAGAGGGCGGGGCCGCUGGCUGGUGGAGUGACCACCUUUGUGGCCCUCUAUGACUAUGAGUCUCGGACAGAGACCGACUUGUCCUUCAAGAAAGGGGAGCGGCUCCAGAUUGUCAACAACACGAGGAAGGUGGAUGUCAGCCAGACCUGGUUCACAUUCAGAUGGCUGCAAAGAGAGGGAGACUGGUGGCUGGCCCACUCGCUCAGCACGGGACAGACGGGUUACAUCCCCAGCAACUAUGUGGCGCCCUCCGACUCUAUCCAGGCUGAAGAGUGGUACUUUGGCAAGAUCACCAGACGGGAGUCAGAGCGGUUACUGCUCAAUGCGGAGAACCCAAGAGGGACCUUCCUGGUGCGAGAAAGUGAGACCACGAAAGGAGCCUACUGCCUCUCCGUGUCUGAUUUCGACAAUGCCAAGGGCCUCAACGUGAAGCACUACAAGAUCCGCAAGCUGGACAGCGGCGGCUUCUACAUCACCUCCCGCACCCAGUUCAACAGUCUGCAGCAGCUGGUGGCCUACUACUCCAAGCAUGCUGACGGCCUGUGCCACCGCCUCACCACCGUGUGCCCCACGUCCAAGCCCCAGACUCAGGGCCUGGCCAAGGAUGCCUGGGAGAUCCCUCGGGAGUCCCUACGGCUGGAGGUCAAGCUGGGCCAGGGCUGUUUUGGAGAGGUGUGGAUGGGGACCUGGAACGGAACCACGAGAGUGGCCAUCAAAACCCUGAAGCCAGGCACGAUGUCUCCAGAGGCCUUCCUGCAGGAGGCCCAGGUCAUGAAGAAACUGAGGCACGAGAAGCUUGUGCAGCUGUACGCUGUGGUGUCCGAGGAGCCUAUCUACAUCGUCACGGAGUACAUGAGCAAGGGGAGCCUGCUGGACUUUCUCAAGGGGGAGACAGGCAAGUACCUGCGGCUGCCGCAGCUGGUGGACAUGGCUGCUCAGAUUGCCUCAGGCAUGGCCUAUGUGGAACGGAUGAACUAUGUCCACCGGGACCUCCGUGCUGCCAACAUCUUGGUUGGAGAGAACCUCGUGUGCAAAGUGGCUGACUUCGGGCUGGCUCGGCUCAUCGAGGACAACGAGUACACAGCCCGACAAGGUGCCAAAUUCCCCAUCAAGUGGACGGCUCCAGAAGCGGCCCUCUAUGGCCGGUUCACCAUCAAGUCGGAUGUGUGGUCCUUUGGGAUCCUGCUGACGGAACUCACGACAAAGGGUCGGGUGCCCUACCCUGGGAUGGUCAACCGAGAGGUGCUGGACCAGGUGGAGCGGGGCUACCGGAUGCCCUGCCCGCCCGAGUGUCCCGAGUCCCUGCACGACCUCAUGUGCCAGUGCUGGCGGAAGGAGCCGGAGGAACGGCCCACCUUCGAGUACCUGCAGGCCUUCCUGGAGGACUACUUCACGUCCACCGAGCCCCAGUACCAGCCCGGAGAGAACCUAUAGGGGGGCAGGCUGCAGGGCCAGACGGGCUUUUCGGCUUGGAUCCUGGGCUGGGGGGCCCCUGAUGUCAGGUCUUGCCUCCCUCUGCCUGCCCACGUGGAUCCCCUCUGUGGGGCUGACUCGCCAGUGAUGAGGCCCCUCCCUCUUUUGUGGCACAGAAGGGUUUGGGGCCCGGGGCAGCCCUGGGUACAGGGUCCAAGGCUGGCACGGUGACUGCGUCCAGGCUCCUGCGCCAGCCACCUGCAUCCUCCCAGCCUUCCCUCGUGGGACUCUGUGCAGCUCAGCGGGAGGAAGCGGGAGAAGGACAGGCUGAGGACACCUUUUCCCAGCCUUAGCCUGCUCCUCGCGUGGGCCCCUUCCCACUUCCGUGUGCCCCCAGGUCUGCCUCCAGAGCUGGCCGAAGAGCCUUUCCAAAGAGGAGCGGCAGGCCCCGGCCCUCGGCCUGCCUGCCACCCUGCCCCUUGCCGUCCAUUUCAGAAACACCUGUUGGUGGAAGCUGCUGGGUCCAGACUCCUCUGCCGUGGCUCCCAGGCUGGGCACUGAAGUGUAGCUUGGCUUCAUGCUGGUGGGGAGCGUAGGCACCCCCCCUCGAGUCCUGUUCUUAGACCCAAGGGACCCUUAGAGAUCACCAGUUCCUUGUCCUCACAGUACCCAUGGGGAGAUAGUCCAGAGAAGGGAUGUGAUUUGCCCAAAACCACAGAGCAGUUCAGGGUUGAGGUGGGUUUGGAACCCGGUGCUCCCUCUGUCUUCCUCAGGAACCAACAAGAUUGUUCUUGGACAGACUGGGGCAGCCCAGGGGACCAGGGGCCCAAGGCUGCUGCCACCACCCACUUAGCAGGCCUGUUGUGCAGGGAGAGAGCAGAGGCAGACAGAGGGCGGAGCUAGGAAUGAGGGCUGUCAAGGCAGGAGUCAGGUAGCAGAUGUCAAUCAGAACGUGGGUGGAUUUUUCAUCCUUGGAGCUAGCCAGCCAUGAAUGAGAGUGAGCUCCCGGGCUCUGGAGGCAAUCAAACAGAAAUAGAAGAUCCCAAGUGGUUGGGAGGCCGUGGCCUCAGGAGAGAACCCCUAGUCUUCCUUACCCCGGUGUGUCCUGUGUCAUUUCAAUGCCUGGCGUCUGCUCUCCUUCCUAAGGGGGGCACCCCAUAACUCAUGAGUAGGGAAAGGAGUACCUAACGAGAGGGGGAGCAUCUGCUGCCAGGCCCCAGACCUGGCUGUGGGACUGUGGGGUGGCCCCUGCAUCCUCUUUGGGCUGCAGUGUCUGUCUUCCUGGGAGGCUGUGGGCCCUGCACCUGCUCUGCUCCGGACCCCUGUGGCCUUGCAUCAGCUGGUGAGCCCAGCCGGGGACGUCUAGAGGCGCACUGGCCCUCGCUUUGGUGUUUGGCCUUGGGGUACGUGGUGGCUUCUCCCUGGGCCUCAGUGUGCCCAUCUUAAAAUGGGUGGCUGACGGUUUGAGGGCCUGCUGCCCAGGGCCCCUACGUACGUGUAUGUGUGUUGUGUGUGUGCACGUGUGUGUUCCUCCAUGUGUGUCCAUAUUUAACAUGUAAAAACGCUCCCCUGCUCUGUUUCCCUGUUGUGCCUCUCCCCCCACAGCCCCCCCACCAUAGCAAUAACACCCCUGCUGCCGGGGGCUCUCGAGCCAGGCGGGCCCCGCCAGCAGGGAAGGAGGCCAUGUGGGGCCUGCCCAUGAAAUUUCAACUUUUCCUUUCAUCCAUGUUUAUGAUGCAAGUCUGCUGUCUGUCCCAUUCAAAUCUGGGCUCGCUUACCCCGGUGCAUUCUCAAGCCCCCUUCCAGCUGCCCGGGGCCCUUUGUAUAAGGUGUCCUAAUACUGUUAUUCUUCUUCUUUUUUUUUAAAAUAAACAGUGUUUUGUAGAUUUCAGAUGACUAUGCAGAGGCCUAGGGGACCCCCCCCAGCGCUGGGUGGGGCCUGGGGGUCCCACAUUUCACGGCCCAGGCUUGGGGGGGAGGGGGGGAUCCAGAAUUGGUUGUAAAUACUUUGCAUAUUGUCUGAUUAAACACAAACAGACCUCA